GAGCACCGACUCGAGAAAACUAAUAUUCUAUGAGAACCAGGUAUUUUUUCAAAAACAAAUUACGACACAUUACUCCUCCACGCGCCCCAGAUGUUGUUUCUGGGUUAAUAGAAAAUUGUAUGAAAUACAGCCAUUCUCGACUAUCACUGUGCUAAUAAUUAAUGACUGUGAAAAUAGAAGCAUAUCGAUUGUUUGUCGGGCGUGUAGUAGUGUAUGGUAUUGGUACCGUAGACUCGGUGACAGACACAGCCAGGCUAGCUAACAUGCAGCACAGCCUCCGUGAUGUGCGCGUGCUUUUCACUGUGAAACAAUGACUUAACAUUUAGUUGUAACGACAUCUGCUACGCAGAUCGGCCUUUGUGAGGAGGUUACAUACCAAAGCUGACCUAUAAUUAACUAAGAUGAGGAUGACUUGUGUGGCUCCUAUGGACAGAGGAAGUCUUGUUCACCAGGACGUGAACUGUGUGCUACUGUCAAGCUAUCGACCCAAUUGGUGACUGCGUACCAGUUUUAUCGGAUACAUUGAAGAAACAUGAUGGCGAUCGUGUGUGGCAUGUUUGUGUGAUGCAGGUUUGGUACAUGUGUUCACGAUUGACAGUAUGACUGGAAAUUAUAAGAUGCGUUGGUGUGAGUGAGCCACCACACUGCCAACGAUCGCGGUGGUUUACUGAACCCCCCGGGCCGUGCUGACACUGGUCGAUACAUAUCCCGUGCAUGUAAAUGAAAUGUCCAGGAAACAAAAUGCUUCAAAGUACAGAUCUAGUUCUCACAGAUAAGCUGUUAGGAGCUGUGGUCGGCUCCGCAAUGAAGCAGCAUUGACGACGGUUGUUUGUGACUAGUCAUGUCUACAAUUCGUAGGGCUUAUAUGGAAAUAUCUAACGGUAUCAGAGGACUAAGAUUUAACCGAGAACAACAGAACCAGCAGGGACAACAACAACAACAACAACAGCAACAGCAACAACAACAAACAGCAGUGUCAGCUAGGGAAACAACAGGUCAAACGAGAAUAGCCAAUGGAGGUGCGAUGAGUGCCAGAGUAGUCCGAUCUCCGAAACCUCUCAUAGCCAGAAAAAUCCGGAGUUUAUUCGGUAGGCAUCAACCAGAAACAAUACAUGAUCUAUUCAUGUAUGAGCGGUUUUUGUCGAAAUUUUUCAUGUAUUUUUCAGCUGAGGAGAGAGGUGUACUAUCACAGGUGUGCUUGACAUGGAAGGCUAUCUUGUACCAUCCCCGCUUCUGGCUGGACGUCAUUCCGAUUAUAUCCUGCCGCGACCUCAGUCGCGAGGAGGACAUGAGGCGGAUCUUUUAUGAGAGCCUACAGAUGAGGAGUUUUGACUCGAUAUGCUUGUUUGGGGCCACAGACGACGAUCUCGUGGACUUUGUCAACCACUUUUCAACGUGUAAAAAACAAUUACGUUCCGUGGGUUUGCGUUGCUCCAACGUUACAGACACUGGGAUGGAACAGCUGUUUAAACGGAUGCCUUGUAUAUAUCGACUUGAACUUUCAGGGUGCAAUGAACUCACGGAAACGGGACUUUGGUCGUGUCUUAAUUCAAAAAUCGUCUCGUUGACGAUAAAUGACUGUAUCAAUGUGGCCGAUGACACAGUUGGUGCCAUUGCUCAGUUGCUUCCGUCGUUGUACGAAUUGAAUCUACAAGCGUACCACGUGACUGACGCCGCUUUGGCGUUUUUCAGUGCCAAACAGAGUUACAGUUUGUCGUUACUAAGGUUACAUUCCUGCUGGGAAAUAACAAACCACGGGAUAGUUAAUAUAGUACAUUCCCUACCCAACCUUACCGUCCUCAGUUUGUCCGGGUGCAGUAAAAUUACGGACGACGGUGUGGAACUUAUCGCAGAAAAUUUACGUAAGCUACGGUCGCUAGAUCUGUCCUGGUGUCCGCGUAUUACGGACGCUUCCCUCGAAUACAUUGCCUGCGACCUGAGUCAGUUGGAGGAGCUUGUACUUGACAGGUGUUCUCACGUGACGGAUAUAGGCGUUGGUUAUCUGUCCACAAUGACGUCACUUCUACGACUAUACUUACGGUGGUGCACACAGAUAAGAGAUUUUGGGUUGCAGCAUAUGUACUCCAUGCGGAAUCUACGAAUGCUUUCUCUUGCAGGCUGUACCUUGGUGUCCAGUCAGGGCCUUUGUGGACUCACGCAGCUAAGGAACCUCGAGGAGCUGGAACUGACCAAUUGCCCUAGUGCCACCAAAGAGGUGUAUCUAUACCUCAGAGAAAAUAUGACCACUUGUCUCGUGCUUGACUAGCUAAAAAGAUACACAAUAAGGUGUGCCGUUGUGGCAGAAUCGCAGCUAUGUAUUUUGUACCGGAUGUCACGUGUUUGCAUACAGCCGCAAGUCUCGCGGGGACUAGCGGGGAAGAUACAGGUUAUCAAUUUGAUUGGUAGUCAAGUAGUUUGAAUCAAGUCGUUGGAUGAGUCCUAGCUACAGGCAUCCGUGGCUCGACCAUGUUGUAACAAACAGGUGACAUUAAGACGACGGUUCUAGAAAAAGGUGUGUACUAACCGGAUAUAGUUUGUGUAGGGUAUCCUGUGCACGUUACAGCAAUGGUGAUAUUCAUAGAAAUCGGGUCGAGGAUGGUACGGAACGACCGGAUAUGACAUCAUACGUGGAAGGGACACUUUCUGUCAGAAGGUACAUGGUCAAUACUAGAGAAUCCUCGUACCGUUUUCAUCCGUCACAAAUAUUGACCUUACUCGUGUCUGUAAUGUUAGAGAGAAGCACGUCGCCCCUUCGUCAGUGGAACCAUUGUACAGUCUCUUAUUUCAUGCCAGUAUAUUUUCACUCCAAGUUUGACCAUGUGCCUUCAGUGUAGCCAGCUACUGCUGGAGAAAUCAGGGCCUGGAAGCCAGUGAUUUGGCCCAUUGAAGCGCUAUGCACUAGUAACCCUAUUAGGGUGUGUGGUGUUCUCAGGAUGAUCGUUCUUAUGUAUAUAAUGUCCAAGUUCGUAGCAAAUGUAUUUUUCUGUGGAAAUCCCAAAGUACAAUUUUUAUCUUAAAACAGAGAUUAUUAUGUGAUACUAAUUGGUUAGAUAUUUCCAGUUGUGUUCAUUGUGACAUUCUGACUGUUGCAUUUUGUGAUCGUCAAGUUUACAUAUCUAUCAAAGCUAACAAGCAAUCGUCGGUUACUUGUUCUAUAUACUUUAGUGUUUUCUUGUAACAUUCCCAUUCUUGAUGUGUUCCAUAUCCCUAAUUUGCUCAUUGUUUUAAUUAAAUAUCAAUACACAAAUACUGAUGACGUAGUUCCCCCAUGUCGGCGAAGGUUGUGACUAUUGUAGUGUCGUAAAUCGUACCUCUUCAAACAAUAUUCUGUACAACGAUUUUUCAAUAAUGGUUUUAAUCCUAUCUUUCAAUAAUGUUUUGUUGGUGUGACAGCAGUGAUGAGUUAGACCAAGGUUGUUUGACCAGAGUAACCAGACAAUUUAUUAAAUACAUGUAGAUGGUAAGUUCACCUUGUCCCGAAAGUCGACAAAAAUCCUGAAAAUAUAUCUAAUAGUCACGGAUGAUUGUACGCUAAAUAUAUCAUUCCGGUUCUCCAACGAUCCGAAAUAUCUUGGAUAUAAAUAGUCCCCCUCAUAAGAAUAGACAGGAUUCCCUGCCAUCCGUAUGACUUCACUUCGAAAAACUGAAAGACUAGAUUUCCUGUUUAAGUCCAAUUUCUCUCAAAUAGACCAUGCUCGAUGUUAUUUCGAAGGGAGCCAAGCGGGAAGUGGUAAAAUUACGACAGCCAAUCUAGUAUAAAAGCUAGAAAGAUUGAAGAGAGACACCUAAAACAGAUAGGAAUACUCGCCUAGCAGUGACUGGAAUAGUUUCAUAGCUUAUAAUGUGUUUUCUUUCGAUGUCUGUUUCCUAGAACAUUAGCUGAGAAGGAGCAAGUCAUUCUUUCAUCCCCCAUCCCAACAAAAA